AUGCAGCUUUUUACCACCAUCCUCUUGGCCUCGAUAGCCUCCCUGGCAGUAGCUCAAACAGCAACCUCAACAGCCAGCUCGUCCACAGCUUCUUCAAGCUGUGCCGCUCAGAACAUCCUCGACGCAUGCAAGACCACUAUACAAGGCCAGAUCAAUUCUUGCGAUGCCACCGACUAUUCCUGCCUAUGUACACAGUACGGAAACAUGUUGACAUGUUACAACAACUGCCCCAAUGAUCCAGGUGUCGGGACCGUUCAGCAACAAAAGGAACAGAACUGCAACGCGGCCUCCGUGUACGGUACGACAACCACCUUAGGUACAGCCUCUUCCACGAGCGGGUCGACAAGUGCGACCUUGACCGAGUCAUCCGCCGAGACUGCGGUUCACACAGGCUUCGCAAGCGCCUCCGAGACUGGUGCAUCAGCCAGUGGCAGUGCAACCGGAUCUUCCUCGAACGACAACGCAGCUAUUGGAAUGGAGGUUGGCAAAAGCUUGGUCGUGCUGGCUAUCGCCGGAGUUGGCCUUAUCCUAUAG